CUGAUCCAGACUCCGACCCUCUUAUGCUUUGGAUCACUGGAGGACCUGGUUGCUCUGCUCUAUCUGGCCUUAUCUAUGAGAUUGAAACUAUCUCUCUACCUCCAACGAGGUAGAGGUAAGAUCUGCGUACAUUCUACUAUGUCCAGACCAUGCUUGUGGAAUUAAACUAGGACCAAUAACAUUUGAGGCAGUGGAAUACAAUGGGAGUUUGCCUACAAUGAUACUGAAUCCUUACUCAUGGACAAAGGUGGCAAGUAUUAUUUUCAUAGAUUUACCGGUGGGCGACUGGAUUUUCCUUACGCGACAACUCCAGCAGCUCUACAAUCAUCCGAUUUACAAGCGACUGAUCAUGCAUAUCAGUUCCUUCACAAGUGGUUCGUUGAUCAUCCAGAAUUCUUAAAGAAUCCGUUUUAUGUUGGUGGAGAUUCAUAUUCAGGCAGGAUUGUUCCCUUCCUUGCUCAAAUCAUAGCAAUUAAGAAUGAAAUGGAAGUCGAACCAUUUAUUAAUCUUAAGGGAUAUUUACUCGGUAAUCCAUUGACUUUUGAAGGUGAAGCUAAUUAUAAGAUUCCAUUUGCUCAUGGAAUGGCACUUAUUUCUGAUGAACUCUAUGAGUCUUUGAAGUCCCAUUGUAAAGGAGAAUACCUUAAUAUAAAUCCAAAUAAUACACUGUGUUUGCAAGAUGUUCAAACUUUUAAAGAGCUUCUUAAAGGAAUUAAUGUUCACUAUAUUUUGGAGCCCAAAUGUGUGUUUGCUUCACCAAGGCCAUACUUACUGUUUGGCCAAAGAAGAUCUCUGGAUGAAAAGUGUCGUCAACUUAAAUGUCGCCAUGAUUGGUACAAACUUUCUUAUCAUUGGGCUGAUGAUGAUCAAGUUAGAGACGCCCUCAACAUCCGAAAGGGGACUAUUGGAAAAUGGGAGAGAUGUGCAAGAAAUUUGCAAUACGAAAAGAUGAUCUUUAAUAGCAUACCAUAUCAUGAAAACCUCAGUAGCAAAGUUUACAGAUCUCUUAUAUACAGUGGAGAUCAUGACAUGAAUGUUACCUUCCUAUCAACUCAAUCAUGGAUAAGAUCUCUUAACUAUUCAAUUGUCGAUGAUUGGCGAGCUUGGACUGUUGACAAUCAAGUUGCCGGUUACACGAGAAGUUAUUCAAAUCAGAUGACAUUUGCCACAGUGAAGGGAGCAGGGCAUACUGCACCAGAGUAUAAGCCUCGUGAAUGUCUGGCCAUGCUCACAAGGUGGAUGUCUUACCAGCCUUUGUAAUCAACAAAUGUAUUACAAUUGUUUAAUCGUGUGAGCUCAUUGUCAGUCUCAAGUCCAAAUGAAUAAAAAGAGGGUUGUCGAGUCAAUAUGAAACAGUUUUCUCUACCUAAUAAAGGUAGGGAUAAGACUGCGUACAUCUUGUCUUCUCAAGUCCCAGAAAUUAAACAAAAUUUGUCGUUUGGUCUACAUUUUUAUUUAUUAAUUAUUAUUUUUUAUUCAUGCACGUCAAUGUCCAGUAACCUCGAAAUGUUUGACAGAGUGAAUUGUAUGAAUAUCAUGUUUGUUCUGUGUUA